UUCACCUGUUUCGAUGAAAUGAUACGCUGUAUAAAUGACAAUGGACGACGUCAUAUGAUCAAGCUAACUUGGAGAGGAAACCUAGAACAGUAUGGCUGAGGGACCCAGAGAAUCAAGUGAAGAACUUGACAGCCAGUGUUUGUUUUCACCAACAUGCGGCCGGAACAUUUGUAUAGAUGGCUCUAACGCUAAAUGGAUUAAAAAUGAUUCCGGAGGUCGUUUCUUUAUUGACAAAUCUUUAUCUUCUGACGGAGAGAUUAUUCUAACAUUCAGUGGAAAAGGUCAUGCUGAGGUUGGGAUUAUCUCCAUAGAUCCUAUAACAAUAACAGAUGCCAGUCACGUGGGACAUAUAAAAGAACUUACUGUUAUACAGACGGCUAGAAUAUACAAGCAAAUAGGGACUACCACAAUAAAAAGAUCCAAAGAAGGAGAUAGAAUAAUUACAGAAGCUGAAGGCAGAAAGUCAAGGUCCAAAGUUGAUAAAGAACAGAGCGUCUGGAUUACAGUCAAUAUCUUAUUUGGGGACCUCAAAGUCAAAAUAGGUUCUAAAGGCUACAAAUUCUCGCCCAAUAAAGGAGAAAAUGUUUCAACGAAUGAUGAAUAUGCAAAUUUAAACUAUCCGUAUCCAUGUGCAGUCUGCUUUGUUAUGCAUCCCUUAAAACGUGGGGAUAUUUUAUAUUUUCAAGCGGACGAUAUUAAUAAAGUCGGAGCACCAUCGAAAAAUUGUAGCGUUAAAUUGGCAAUAUCGAAAUCCAAUCCAGAGGAGUUUGUUUUAAGCACAGAUAAAUAUUGUGAUAUUACGUCAAUUCCUGUUAUUCAUUUCGAAGAAAUUCCGACAAAAUCUAAAAAUGAAAUUCGGAUAGAACUGACCACUGACGGGAUAGUACAAAUCAAUUACGAAAAAGGUACAAUUACUAAAGAGGCAGGUAGUAAAGAAGUUUAUUGUGUUUUUGAAUUAGGCAGAAUCCAACUACGAUGUGCACGUAAAGAAAAACAAAAAAAGGAAGAUACCGUUUUGCCAAAAUUGAAAACUACCGAACUCCAACAAACGUCCAUCAACCUACCAGAUGUACCUGACUCUAUAUACAUGAAUAGGAAACGAGAACUAGACGAAAUAAGACAAGAUGCAGAACAAAUAUCGAUAGAUACUAAUGUAUAUGAUCCAGCUUUUGAACCCAGCAACAGCGAAAUUGAGACUUCUGAUGAGGAUAACGAAUCCGUUGCUAAAUCUACUAGGAACUUUAAACCCACUGCAAAUGAACACGGAGAAAAAUCUCUGCAUGAUAAAUUUGAAGAUUUAUCGUUACGAUUGAUGUUAAUAGAGGAAAAAAUAAAUCAGAUAAAUAUAGGGAAGGAAUCAACUAUACAAUCAUCUGAAAUGGAACUUUUAAGGUCUGAUAUCAAAGACAUACACACAUUUAUUAGUAAGCAGUCUUGUAAAGUAGGUGGCGGCUACUUGCAAACAGAACAUCUUAAACCAUUACGUGAAACAAUACAAACACAUUUUUCCGAGCUUGUGUCGCUAAUAGAAAUUAUUCCGUUGUUAGACCGCCUCUACCAAGCAGGAAACAUAACUAUGGACGACUUUCAAAAGUUAAGACAACUAUCUAAAUCAGACAUAGCAGAUGCAAAUCGUGAUCUGUUGAUAAUCAUAUCACGUAGACAAAAUCUUGAUACGGAUCUUCUUGAAGAAAUUUUAAGAAAUUCAAAACAGGAUGGAGUUUUGGCUAUUAUGUUCCCACAAAAAUAUAAUAAAAAGUGA